AUGGAGACCCCGCAGCAGCCGCCUGGGCCAAAGCGGCUACCUAGUCUUAAAAUUACUAGCCGCACAACACCCGCCGGCGGUGCUGCGAUGAUCACUCCCAACACUUCGUUCCAGUCCACUUCACCUACUCCGCCAACGCCCUCUCAAGGCCCAUCAAAGAUUCGCCUGGUUACGAAAUCGCAGCCCUCGACACCCGCCGAUUCCCGUCCCCCGAGCCUCGCACGUCCUGGGACCAUCUCCACAUCGAACGGUCUGGGCACAAUAUCGGCCGUGCCGAAGAUCACGCAGACGAAAACGGGCAGAAUCAGCAAGCCCUCCGCGAAGAAGCGAACGAGAGAGGAGAGCGACGAUGAUGACGAGGAGCCGCUUAGCAAGGGUACCGCCCUAGCGCACCAGUCCAAGAAGACAAAAAUCACUCUCAAGCCGACCACACCUGGCCUCGUGAGACAACCAACACUAAAAGUAAAACCUGUCGGCCGGAUACCAACAAAACCGCUCGGCGAGGGCUACGACUCGGAGGCGGAGGAUCGGGAGGUCGACCCGGUCAUCGAAGAACAGUUCUUGUUCCGCAUGAUGCCUGGAGAGCCGAGCGAUUACCUGCGGACAGCAAUCCAAAAUAAACAGAUUGGUGUUCCCAAGGCACAAGGAGGAGCGGACUUCCAAGUUAAGUGGCUGGACGAGGAAGGCCGGCGAGCCGUGGUCACUGUUAUGGGCCAGUUGUACGCCGCCAUUCUUCUGGAUCUGCCCAGUAUAACCGAGGGCAUGAAAACAUGGGACAAGAAGUCCAUGGUCAAGUCGUCAGACAUCUGCCAGAUGUUGAUGGCUUUCGCACGAGUUCAGACUGAGGAGGAGGCCAAGACGGCACCCCUCCCCAGAGCCGUCGAGCACGGCCACAGAUGGCCCCACGGCAUCACGCCACCAAUGCACGAUGCCAGGAACCGCCGGUUCCGCAAGCGGCUCAGCAAGCUGGAAAUCAAGAACAAGGAAGCCGAGGUCGACAGGUUGCUGGCGUCUGAUCGUGAGGCUUUGUCCGUCCGGACCGAGUGGAUCGACAACAGCAAAGACGGUGCGGAGGACGAGGAGGAAGAGGAGGAGUACGAGGAAGACGCAGAGGGCGAGGCGGACGACUACUUUGGCGAUGGGGCCAUGGGGCAGCAGCCCGAUGAGGAGGAAGAAUUUGAGGUCGAUGACGCCGCUCUCGAAGCCGAAUUCCUAGAAGCCGUCGAGACCCCACUCGUCGAGACCCCCGGGUUGGUACCCGAUGCCACUACACCCAAUACCGCAGCCGCUCCCACGCCUGCGCCCCAGGCUGAGGAUGAAACGGGCGACGCCGAGGAAGAGGAAUCGGACGAGGAAGACGAAGAAGACGGAGACGAGGACGAAGACGAGGACGACGGCGAUGAAGACGAAGCGGCCGCCGCUACCCGGGCCGUCAUUGCGAGCCUUAAGAAGCAACUCAAAAUGUACGAAACCCAGCUGGCGGCCUCGGUGCAACCCAUCAUGAGGAAGCGACUCGAGGGAAACAUCCGAAAUGUCAAAGCCGAGAUUCUGCUCAAGAAGUCGUCCAUUGGCGAGGCGGAGGAGGAUUAG